AUGGAUGCGUUGCACGAACUCCGGAAUUCGAAGCAAAGCUUCAUGCGCGUCAACCGGCAGCGUGACAGCUCUGCUCAACGCAAGAGCAGGACAGUCCUCUCAUGCAUCCCAUGCCGGCAACGCAAGGUGAAAUGCGACCGUCUCGACCCCUGCAGCCAAUGCACCCGCCGUAAUGUGGCUGAAGAGUGUGAUUAUUCGCCCAAGACUGCCAAAGCUGAGAAUGCGACUUCUCCUGUCGCGAAUUUAGUGCAGAGAAAUGCAGACAUUCCUUUGUCAUCAUUUGUGGCUCCAGUGGAUGAGACUCUGAUCAUCCCAACCGAUGCUCGCCCCGCACCAACCCCCACAUGCAAUCAUGAUCUUCCUGCCUCAACUGGCCACAAGCUGCUAACGACCUCGCAGUUUCCUGAUCUGAAGGCCCAUUUACAGAAGUACCACCAUGUAAAGAAAGGGCCGGUUGAACAUGGAUCAGAUCAUCUGGGCAUGAAACGCACGACACAAAGACGACUGGAAGCGACAUAUCAAACACAGCCACAACCAAAUCUGCAACCACCCAGACUUGAAACUCUGGUCCCAGAUCGCCGAGUGACAGACAAGCUUGUCAAUUUGUACUUUUCUACCUUCGAAACGACAUUUCGCAUUCUGCAUGUCCCUCAAUUUCUAGCAGAGUAUGAAGAAUUUUGGAACUCAAGGGGCAAUUCAUCCCCAAAUUUUUGGACCAGGGACGUAUUCGCGGCCAAGUUACUCAGUUUGAUGGCAUGCGCCGCCGAUGCUGGAAUCACAGCCGAGGAACAGACUCCCCAGGCAUCAAACCAGUCAGCGAAGAGUUGGAUACAGGCCGUCGGGUCCUGGGUCAAAACAGUGACAACGUAUGCGAAGCUAGAUUUGGACUUUAUUCAGGUUAUGAGUCUACUACUAGUCGCACGACAAGCUACCGCCUGUGAGGGAGAUCUUGCUUGGCUUGCUGCUGGGUCUCUUGUACGAGAAGCUAUGAUGAUAGGGCUCCAUCGGGACCCAAUAAACUUCAAAGGCGUCUCACCGUUCUAUGCUGAAAUCCGCCGGCGGCUUUGGGCGACUAUUGUUGAGCUGGACCUUCAAGCUGCUCUUGAUACAGGUGUCACUGCGGGGAUAUCUCUAGAUGACUAUGAUUGUGCGCCGCCAUCGAAUCUGGAUGACGAAGAUUUUUCUUUCAAUUCAACUGCGAUCCCUGCAUCUAAGCUGAGCACAGUAUUGACAAGAACGUCCUUCCAGGUAUCCUUAGCGCAAACUUUAGAUACUCGGCUGAGGAUUGUCAAGAUUGUCAACCAGAUUCGCCUGUCAUCAAAUUAUCAAGAAAUUUUGGAUCUCAGUCAAGUCAUCACGACCCAUCUGUCACAAACGCGACUUGCCAUGGCCGGACAAAGUCUAGGCCAAGGUGCGCCUUCCAAAUUCCAACAAUCGCUAUACCUCUUUCUUGUCUACCGAUAUCUUCUCGCUCUACACCGACCUUUCGUUCUCAGUCUCACCGAAAGCCGCAAUGAGAUGUACAGAUACUCACGAGAGAUAUGCGUAAAAGCUUGUUUAUCUCUCCUGUCACCUCUCAAACUCGCUCCUGAAUCUGAAGCACGUCCAGUAUAUCCCCAUAUUCUCCGUCUGCGAGGAGGUAUGUUCCGAAGCGAGAUAUUCCAUGCAGCCGCGACACUUUGCUUCGAGCUGCGUCUACAAGUCAGAGACAGCACACUACCACUUCUUCCUGGUGCUCUGGACCAGACAGAUCAGGUCAGCGAAAAGCGCGAUCUCCUACUACGUACAGUUGAAAGCGCAAUAAAGUACUUCGAACACAAAGUUCGGACAGAGAAACAGGCGUGCAAAGCAUUCAUGCUACUAAACAUGGUCUAUACCUCAGCUCAAAGCGAACUUCAUUCGGGAACUCAUACUUUGCAUGUGAAUUGUGGAGUGAUGAACAAUCUGACAUUGGAGAAUGCCUGCCCUCGUGCGGCUAGACGCUGUCAAGAAUUGCUACUCGAAGGCGAAGGUCGGGCAGACUGUCAACAUUCUGAAGAAAAUUGGCUUGGUUACCCAGGAAAUCCGUUCAUGAAUAAAGAGGUUCCUGAAGUGGAAGUCGAGUCUCAAAGCACAGAAAUCAAUGCCUCAUCGUUAGAACAGAGCACGAAUAUAGCUCCUACCAUGCCUACAGGGACUUCCGAUCCGGACUUAUUUGACCUUUCAUUUGAUUGGGGCAUGUAUCUGGAUCCAACAUAUUUGAAUGAGGCGGGCAACCUAUGGCCGUUGAUGGACCCAUUGAUAUAG